AUGGCCCGUCGCUGGGCAUCGCCCCGCAGAGUACCUCUUAGUGCCAGGGCUAUCCGGAGCAGUGCUGAUUGGCCGGUGGUGCAUCGAAAGCCUCAUUCAGCACGGCGCUUUGUUGCAGCCGCAGCGCACGACUCCAACGAUAUUUCUGAUGAUAGUGGCGAGGAAGAGCCUGCAGCCUUGGAGGAAUGUGUCACUGACUGUCGGAUCGUGGCUAGAAUUUUGCGCAGCACUGGACUUCGUGGCCUUGUGGCCGGGCCCAUGGGUGCAGGCUUGGUCACUUCAAGGAUUCCUGGUUUUGGCAAGGGCGUCUCGCCGUCGACCCGUAUCGAGCAAUGCGUCGCCGUCGCUCUGAACGAAGCCGAUGUUCGCACGGAGGGCGGUCGCUUCUUUGUAUUGACAGCGGCGCAUGAUGGCUUCAAUCUGACCUGGGUUCCGUCGGUUUCGUCGCGAGAAGGGCAGCUGCGACAAGCUGACCAGGCGCCGGAAGGCUGGUUGCAGGUGGCGCUGCUACCUUUUCGCUCCGUUUUCUCGAAACACGAGGGCUUAGCAUCCGCUGCAACCAACAGAGGGCGAAGAGCAGGCCCCGCGGCGGACGACCUACCACCGUUGCAGACUCCCCCCGACGCCUUGCUUGAGGCCGAACCGCCAGACUACCAAAAUAUGAUGGUUGAAAGCCACAGCAGCAAAGCGCAGGAGCUGAAGCAGCUGGGCCUGGAUGGCUUGAGAGCCUUGAUCUUCGUCCUUGCCAAGAUCUACCAGACGCCUGAUAAUGCUUUCCAGGCAAUGAGUCCCGAGCAUGCUCAGGCAACCGCGCUGGAUCUUGAGAACCUCUGCCGCAGGCAGCUUGGUUAUGAUGUCGAGUCCCUGACCGGUGUGAAGCCCUUCCUGCUUUUCACGGAGCUGGAUGAGCGCGGCAACGGCUUUAUCACCGUUGAGGACGCGGCGUGUGAGUCUUGCGCAGUGCGACAGGCACUUUGCGCAGGAUCUGGGUUGCAGCAGUUCGUCUCCAGACAAGUCUUUACCAUGCAGCUGCGCAGCCGUUGGCCAGUCCUGUAUCUCCCAGGUAUGGAAGCUCGGCAGUGGCAGCGAAGGAGACAUAAGACGAAUGUCGAACUACAGCAGCGCAGCUUGCUCCGAUUUGCUCAACUUGCCGCCUUAUCCUCCGGCAUGAAGUCGAAGAAGGGCGCCAAGGUGGCUGCACCCGGCUUGAAGCGCUUGGAGCGGCCUCGUGCUGGGACGGCCUCCGGAAGUGAUGACGGGUCACGAACGACCCGAAGGGAAGCGCAUCGACAGAAUGAUGCGAUUCGGAAGGAGCGUGAGAACAGAGAAAUGCAGGACACGCACCUGGACCUGGAGAGGGAGCGCUUUAUCACUACAGUGCAGAGAACCACCGUGCUUCACCCUUUAGAUUACAACGUCACGAGGAGGAUGUUUGAGGAGAUGGAGUCCAAGCAUCGGCUGGUGCAACGGCUGAGUGCAGAGGCAGAAGCCGCCUUUGCGAAAAGCCGCGGCAAAGUGGUAGAGGAGGAAGGUGACGAAGCACGUGUGCCGCUGCCGGACACCCAAAUCAGAGAGCCAAAGGACACGGAGAAAUCUCAGAUGCCCAAGAAGAGCUCACCGAACACCCCGCGCGCUCUUCUCGAGAUGUCACGGAGCCGCGGUGGCCGCGCAAAUCCGGUCAAGCCGGUCCAAAAGGAGGCAGAGAUCGAAUCCACCAGCAGCAAGCCACUCCCUCAGGCCAGGAAGCUGGCGCUAGCACGUGAGCAGGCAGCACGGCAGCCCAGCCCAGUCCGGACGCGAGUGGAAAUUGCGACUCUUGUGGUCGAUGCUCUCCGGCCGCGUGUGGCUGCAGGCAUCGGGGACGGCCAGCUUGCUGUCUACUACUUCUUCCGUUCACAUGGGUCCAAGCGGAAGCAGCUUCACCAAAUCCAGGGAUUUGAUGCAUCCCGUCGCAUGGGAGAUGUUGCGACAGCAUUGUACCUUCCGAGCCGGCGGCUUCUGGACGAUGGGGCCCUUGCGGUGGAAACGGCGUUUGGCAAUGCAAGCAGCAAGAUUUUCAUGAGGUUUUUGUUCCACCGAGAUUUUCCACCUUCCUGCGACCUGCACGCCACUCCACAAUGUAAGGUCCUAGCAGGAUUUGAGAGCGGGCGGGUGGCCAUCUUCAAGACAUUCUUCCCGGAAGACUUCGUCACGGAGUCCAGCGACAAGACAAUGACCCUAGAAGAAGUCAUGGAAGAACGCCAGGGGAUCAAGAGCCUUGCAAACGGCGAGCCGGUGUUGCAAGCACAAGAGCCUCUCCUCCUGGAGCAUUACCAUUGUGACAGUCCGGUUGUCGCGCUGUUCUGGCAUCAGAUCAUGGGCAUUUUCAGCAUCUCGACGAACGGUCGAGUGGUGGUGGCGGAUAGCUGUGGCGUGAAGACUUUCUCCAUCUCGGAGGCUUGCGGCCGGAAUGCCACGGCAACUUCUGCGGACAUGUCAACACAGCUGGAGCAGCUUGCAGUGGCUGGGCAGCGCGGCAUCCAUCUAUGGCAGACCCUGUCGCAGGCCAAGUACGGGGUGGUCGGCACGGUGCAGGACGGCUCGGAUGUCAACCCGGAGCAGAACAACAACUUCAUGCUUGUGCGAUACAUGCCGACCGGGAAGUUCCUGCUGACCCUGAGCCAGGACAAAGGUGACGUCAAGCUAUGGGACGCCCGUAGCCUGGAGUUGCAUUGUUCGCUUCGGCCCGGAGAGAGUUCAGUGGACUGUGCAUUCUGGGAACCACGCUGGGAGACUCUCUUGAUGUUCACUGCAAGUGGCGUCACCGAGAUUGAGCUCCGGGAGCAACCGACAAAUCAGGUCUUUGAGCCAAGCCAGGUCUUUUCGGACAACCAUCGUGGGCUUUUGAUCGGUGCAAAGCCUCCUGCACAACGAGAGGUGCUGGAACGCUGCGAAGGGCGCCCUGCCCCGCCUUCUCCUGAGGAGCAGGAGCCUGAGGACCCAGCCGAAAGGCCGUGCAAAUGUAUCGUCUGCCAGCAGGUUCCUAUCUCGACGCAAAAAGGGCCAGGAGCCGCUGAGGCGAAAUUGUUCCUUGGAGUGUAUCCACGCGGCCUGAAGGACAUUGCGGUCGCUGAGCUAACGGGUCGUGAAGGACUUCAGAUCUGGAAGCACCACGAGGAGCACUGCGCCGUGCUUUUUCAGAUUCCGGAGGGGCCCGUGCUGGAGCUUGGUUCAUUCCUGCUGUUGUGCGAGGUGCCCACGCAAUGCGCUCUCGGUGAGACGGGUCUUUGGCUGCCGCCGCAGCCAACGUUGCAUGAUCUCGCCCGAGCGGCGCGAGCUCAGGCAUGCUCUGCGGUAGCCUUUUGGCGGUCCAGAAUGAGGCCCUUCAAGACAUGGCGAGUCACGGUGCACAGAAGUGGAGCAACGCAACGAUGGAGGUCGCCGGAAGCAGCAGUGGUCAUCGGCGAGGCCCUUGCGCCAGCCGGGAGCGUGGCUUUGAGCCCGACCUGCACUGCGGGACCACAGGUGAACCUCGUCGACUUCGAUGUCGAGGUCAUGGCGUUUGUCUCAGACGGUGUUGACGAAUUGGCGGUCGCAGCUGGAACUGCCAGAGCUGAUUUGGUCGGAAAGGGCCCAGAGCUGCUCGUGUUGGGACUCCGCAGCUCCAGGACGGGGUGCUGUCGGCUGCCGUUCACCGUUCAGAAGGGAGAUCUACUGUCUCGUGCUGACGACACGGUUGCCUUGUGCCUGGCGCAAAUGGCAUCAUCAGUUCUGCGGCGAGGUGCAGACCUCACCCCUAACGGAAUGAUUGCGCUGGACCCCAUGUGUGGCGUUGGCACGUAUCUUUUUGCGUUGCAGUGGGCCCUCGCCCGCGACGGAGUGUCGGCCGAGCUGUUGGGAGUAGAUGCCGAGCUGGAGAGCCUUGCACACGCUCGAUCCAAUGCUUGCCGGCAAGGCUGGCGAACACUGGCACCAGAAUUCCUGGCUGGGUCCAGUCGGAUGCUCCCUAUCGGAAGCAACGCAGUCGACCUCAUCCUCGUUGACCCGCCCUGGGGGCAACGCCACAGCAGGCACACGUACGUGCGGCAGCACCUCUACGCUUGGGUCUUCUCCACAGUCCCGGAUCGGCGUGCGAGUGGGCCCGCGUCCUUCGCCCCGGAGGCCGCUGCAGCUUUGACGUUGGAGGCUCCACAGGAGCUUGCCGAUGCCUCACCUGCUUUUGCGAUUCUCGCUGAUCGAACAUUAAUACAGGAGUUCGUGCAAGGACUGUCGAAAGGUCUCGAGAAUCUCGCACGUUGGCACGAGGUUCAGCUGCUGACGGCGCAGCCACCUGGCAAUGGCGAUGGCAUGCAGCAGGUUGAAAUUGCACACGGCGCAGAGCACCUGAUCGAAGGUGCUGGUGAGGAUGGUCACGUCAUUGCCGUCAGAUUCCAGUUCCAGGGCCGGGAGUAUGACAAGGCAUUCAAAGUACCAAGCGAUGCGGUGCUUCUACUCCGGGCAUUCGAGAAGGGAGAGAUUGCCUUCCGGGUUCAGACUGCCACGGGUUCUUCGCCCGCUGAGGAGGCAGCCGUGGAUUCCGUGCAGCUUUGGCAGGCAGUCAUCGGAGACCAGGUUGCGGCAAAUGCCACUCCUCCCCCAACCACCGGGGAGGUUGUGGAGGUGAGCCCCGGCAACUUGUCUGUGGCAGAAGUGUCAGAGGACCCACUGUGCUAUGCCACCGGAUCUGGCACAUGGGUGGAUGCGGACCCACAGUGCUGCGAUAGAGAAGAGGAGCUGGACACGGUUUUUGAGGAAGAGCCGGCGAAAAGAGGUCAUAUCUCUGAUUCGGAAGGACCACAAGAAGCAAAUUCGGAGGCCUGCGUCGAAGCAGAUCCGAGUUGGACGCAGGAACAGCAAGAUCUCUAUGCGGAACUUUUGGACUUGCAGUUCUCCACCGUGCGAGCUCGGAAAGCGCUGGAUGCUGGCUGCACAGACCUUGAAGAGGCAGUGGAAUGGCUGGAAAAGCAUCAGCUUGAUGACGACAUCGACAUCUCUCCAGCCAUGUUGAAAGCUCGCGAGGAUGAAGAAGUGGCUUUGGCCGUGCUGCGGGUGCUCACGAUUCCUGCUUUGCAUCGCCUGUCGUGCCUUCAAGCUUUGCACCGGAUCUUGAGGAAUAUUUUGGCGGAUCCCGAGUCUCGACGAGUCAGGCAAAUCCGGAUUCAGAACCCCCGGUUCAAAGAAAGGAUCGGGCGUUUCGGGCAGGCCGUCUCGCUUCUUCGGAAGAUUGGUUUCCAACAAGGCGAGUUUUGGACAAGCGCAUUCGAGCGUGAGCCGUGUUUGGAAUGGCGGCUGCCGGUUGGUUCUGCCAACCCGAUGUCGCAACGCAUGGAACGAGCAUUCUCCCUGAUUGAUGAAGUUCUACGUGCUCCUGAUUCUUGGAUACCCAGCGUUUGUGCUGCCAUGCCCGAGGUGAAGAGCAGUUUCGGCGAAGCAGUGGACGUACCAACAUCACCAACGUCCUCCGAAAUUGCUUCCACUGCGCGUGAGCUGCUUGCCGAAGUGCAUGCUCGUCGAGCUCGCGACCCGCGAGGCUUUCAGGAAGCCAUGCGAGCUGCAGGACGGCAGCCCAAUCCAUCGGUGUAUAGCUUGCAGUCUCGUGCAAGUGACGCCAACUGGCGACCGCUCUCGGAACGCUUCCCUGGAAAGCGAGAGUUUAAUCUACAGGAUCUUGAAAACAUGCGCGUGGAAGAGGCCAUUGGCAACAUGCCAUUGUAUGCCAAAGAAUACGAGGCCCGUCUGGGGCAAGCAUCGUCCUAUGGACAGCUCGUGUCACGCAGCUACGAUCCGAACUACUUAAGUCGUCGAGCUUUGGACGAGACCAACAUUUUCCGGGGUUCCGAGAGGAUGCCGCCUUUGAAGUGGUGCCAGGGCAUUGCUGACAUUGCCGCAGAGCACGCUCGGCAAAUGGCUCGAGGUGAGAUGCCCUUCAGCCAUGAUGGCUUCUCGGAUCGAGUGAGUCGCUAUCCGAUUCCUCACCUCAGUGCGGCAGAGAACCUCGCAUACAACAGUGGCGUGGCAGAUACAGCCGGCGUUGCGGUCCAGGGCUGGAUCAAGUCGCCGGGCCAUCGCAAAAAUUUGUUGGGUGCCUUCGACCUCUGCGGAAUCGGUGUUGCGCAGUCCUCCUCUGGACAGUUCUUCUUCACGCAGCUGUUUGCGCGGAGUGCCGGCGGGGCGCUUUGCUGA